CACACAACCCGUCGGCAUUUUUCUCUGAGAGAUUCGCGAACGCUCUAUUCGAUUCCUAUGCUUUACGCACAGGACGAGGCGGCAAGGUGCUGCCGACCGUGGAGAUGUCGUAGCUAUAGCGCAAGCUGAGAGGAAAGCCGCCGCUUUGGACCGAUGGAUGUCGAAUGAUGACGUCAGAAAGCUGGCAAGUUGUUUUAUGGUGUUGUGAAGAAAGGAACUCACUUAGGCUCAUAAACCUCGAGCAUCUAAAAGUUCUGCAGUCAAAACAUAUUUUAUUGCAACUUUGUUUGGUAGUCAUGUUACUCAUGUUUGUAUUGAAAAUUUGUUUCUAAUUCAGUCAAGUUUUUUUGUUAGUAUCUGUUGGUUGUUGGUCUAGUUGUAUUUGCCCACUAGCUCUAAUAUGUGGGAAUGGGAAGAGGAAAUCAUUACUAAACAUUCCAACUCUUGUUUAACAGUUCAACUUGUGCAGGUUCGUGUGGGUUGUCCAUCCUGACAUUUUGAUAUAAGUUAAUAUAUGUUGUGUAGCUUGUUGAUUCAUCCUGCAAUUUUUGAACGGUUCUUUGUGACUGACCAUCAGCCCAACAGUAAAGACCAACCUGGAGAUCUUAUUGUACAGGUAGACGGCGAAUCGUUUGUGGGACGGUUUUUGGAUGCUCUCAUGCAACUCUAUUGCCAACCGAUGUCAAGCGAUGUUUGGAUAUCUUCACUAUCAAGUUCAAAGAAGAAAGUCGCUAACGUCAUUGUUGUUUUACUUUGAUUUGAUACGUAGACGUGCACAACAAAAGCAACACGAGCUUACAUGCUCUUUCUACUGCAGAGACUGUCAAUGCUUAUUGGAGUAGAACGAGGAUUUCACUGAACGUGACCACUCCUCUUGUUGGACCUUGGACUUGAAUCAUGGAAGCCAGUUUAAACGAGGCUGCUAGUACAAUAUCGGUAGAGAAGAAAAAGAGAAAGAUGGCAACCAAAAUGGUCUCACACAAUGAGAGGAGACUGGCAAUACGUGAUGGUUUACAAACAGCUCGGAGCUGGUCAGUACAUGCUGCAUUGUCUAGGCUAUAGACGUGUACAAUAUUUCUAUAUCACCAAUUUAUUGAUGUUUGCUAAUAUAUAGAGGCAUGUGCAGAAAGAACAACAAGUAACAGGAAAGCAGUAGGAACGCUCCAUGCAGCUCCGGGGAAGGCAGCUCUAUGUGAAAGCAAACAUAGAAGAGUUGAGACACAAAAUGAAUCAGAAGGCUGGUACACUGAAGGUGUUCAGAACCAAAACGAUACGGAUACUGUUGUAAAUGAAAUGAAACAAAACAUUGUCUCUAUCAAACAAACAGUUGCAAAGAUCCUUCAGAGAUUGGAGGGAAUCGGUGAUAUCGGGCAGUCAUCACCCUGCAACAAUAUGGUAGUGAAAGUCGGCCAUCAAGUCACUGGAUUGGUUUCAAGGAUGACGAUGUUGCAGUCAAAGCAGUGAUGGAAAGUCAGAAUGAAGCAACAGUUGCAAAAUUUGGCUGCAUGGAUGUGGCAGACAAAAGUUGGCAGAGGAUCUUAUCAGAAAACAGUGACAUUUACUGGUAGCAAAAUUGGAUGCAGAUGAUGUUGCCAAUCAUUUAUACCAACGAGAGAUAAUAUCAUGUGGUGAGAUGGGAAAUAUUAAUAACACUGAUGAUCUUGGGAAAAACAGGACAACUUUACUGAAAUUGAUUAGGAAACGUCAGUGGGUUGAAGGAGUAUAAUUUGCAAAGAUACUUUCAGUUAGUGAAGUCAAUUGUGAAGUCGGGGUAGGAAAUGGUUGGAAGUCCAGAAUCUGUUGAUGACUCGUUACUACUGUCUGACCUGCACAGUGUGGUUCAGUCAACUGUCGGCAGUAACAACAAUUCAAACCGAUAGUGGACAUGAUUAGGGAGAUACUUGAUUGUUUGAUCGACAAGCACGAGUCUUAGCCUGGUUAUUGAUAUCAAUUAGUGUUGGAAAAUGUUAGGUUAACAAUGUAUUUGUUGUUACAGAAUAGGAAAUUUUAUAGAUUAGUGCAAACACUGUGGCUUGUUUGCAGUCACUGGUAACUGAUUUUUAUUGUUUUUAUAGGCAAGUCGAUCUCAUUUAUUUGUAUGUUUUAGAAAUUGUCGUGCAGAUUGGUUAUUAUGUGUGCAUGAGUUAGUCAUCAGAGUCAUGUCUUCUUAUGAUGAAAGAUAAGCAGACGAUAUUCACAUGGAGAGCAACUGCAUGUGGCAGUGCAGCAACAGCAACUGUAAAUAAAUGGACAGACAAACAUACGUACAGACGAGUAGACAGACAGACAGACAGUUUGACAAACAAACAGACAGACAGACAGACAGACGGGUUGUGGUUGGACAGACAGGCAAACAGACAUGUUUGUAAAAACAUAUUUACACGAUCAACAGAACGAAUGGACCUGGUAUGUCAUCGCAACAGAGACGUCAUAUCAUGGACAGUGACAAUCGACGAAAAUUGUGGGAACUUUGUGUGUCCUUUUCAGUAGUAGGCACCAGCAGCUACAAUUGUAAUAGUUAAACCUCACACGAUAAAUUAAAUAUAUUACGGUAUAAAAUGCAUCUAAAAAUAAAAUUAGUUGAUAUCAACAUUUUGCGUUAAGUCACGCGACAUAAUGUCCCAAUUUAGCACUCAUGCCAUUUGCGUCUGAGUUAACGGUCUAGAUGGGGAGUAGCCAAAGUUCAAGAGCGAUUGACCAUGCUUAUUUCGAUGCUGUUGUGCAAAAGGACGUAGAAAAGGCCUCCGAAGCAAUCGCGAAGGGCGCUGACGUCAAUGUUGUAGCAAGAUAUUAUGGAAGGGAUGGUACUGGAUUGAAUGGUAUUCCAUCUGCUCUUCAAGUAGCGUGUGGUGUGGGAUCAACCGAUAUGGUUGAUUUACUUAUAAGAAAAGAAGCCAAUGUGAAGUAUGAAGAGAAGGAGUUGGGAUUAACAGCUCUACACUAUGCAAGUGCUGGUGGUCAUGUGUCUAUUAUGAAGAGAUUGGUAGCUGCUGGUUGCAGCAAACAAGUAAAAAGCUAUUAUGGAUUGACAGCUCUACACGUUGCUGGUAAUGUUGAUGUUGUUGAUUAUCUGUUGAGUAUUGGUCUCAACAUUGAAGAUCGGAAUAUGUCUGGCUACACACCGUUUCUCAUUGGAUGUCGUGAUGGUCGUUUACCUGUAGUACAACGUCUCAUUGAAUCAAAGUGCAACAAAGCAGCAACAACUAAUUUUGGAGCGACAGCUCUACACGUUGCUGGUAAUGUUAAGGUUGUUGAUAAUUUAUUGAUCAUUGGUCUCAACAUUGAAGAUCGUACUGAGGAUGGCGACACACCAUUUCUCAUGGCAUGUCGUGAAUGUCGUUUACCUGUAGUACAACGUCUUAUUCAAUCAAAGUGCAACAAAGCAGCAACAACUAAUGAUGGAUCAACAGCAUUACAUCUGAUCUGUUCAGAGCGUUUUCUUAAGAAUGACCAUUUAUCAGUUGUCAAGCUGUUGACAUCGUUGAGAAUUGAUGUGUCAGCUAAGAACAAUGCUGACAAAACUGCAAUUCAAGUAGGAGAAGAAAGGCUGAAGUCAGUGUGGGGCAGUCACGAAGAAACUCGUUCUGCUAUCCUUUCCCAUCUGAAGAAAUUCGUCGAGGAAAGUGCUGUUGCAGCUGUAAAUCCAUCACCAGAUGUUGUAGAAAGUGCAAACAUUGAUAUUCAACUUCCCACUUCAACUCCCUCUGUUGUUGACCGUCUGGGUCCUGAAGGAAAAGCUCUUUUUGAUCAAGCUUGCAAAAAAGGCAAAGUGCCGGGCAACACUGUGUUAAUUGACAGCAUGGGGGAGGAAGAUGCAGGCAAAUCAUGUCUGGAAGCUUCAAUGACAGACAAACCAUUUGUUGAAGGUCAGGAGAGCACGGAGGGCGUGAAGGUGAAGAUGAUGAUCUCACAAGCAAUUGGACACGGCACGGAUUGGAAGGAAUUGAAAAGUGAAGAGGAGAGACUAGUGCAUCUCAGCAAGCUGUUUGCAAGAGAAUUUGUUGUUCAUGACAAGGAACAACAGUCCAGCACAGCAAAGCCAGACAAGCAAGAGCAAAGCCCACAAGCAAGUUCUACAGAAUCUGAUUUGAAGGCGAAUGUGAUUGUGCAAGCAAGCGGUGUGAAGUCAACGUAUGCCGAAGCAGAGAGUGAUCCAAUAGGAUACGAUGAUUUCAAACGUGCUAAAGAAAUGGAUGGAAAUGUAGAUGCGGCCAUUUAUCUCAUGGAGAAGAAUAAGGAGGAGAUGAGCAAAUGUGAAAAAAUGAUCAAUGUGACGAUGAUGGACAGAGGAGGUCAAGAUCAAUUCCUCUCCACACACGCUGCACUUAUGGCUGAUAACGAGUAUCAAUGUACAGCUUGUUUUGUGGUUAUCGAUGGUUCCAAGCCACUAGAUGAGAAGGUGACCACAUCCAAGUUUCGUCUUGCCGAUGGAACUUCUAUUGAGAAACCACGAGAUGUGGCUACCACAAGAGCCGACGUCAUACGCCACUGCUUUACUGCUCUCUCUGCUGCCUUUCCUGCUGGCAGAAGACGCAAUAUGUUUUUUGGCAAAGGGCGUGUCAAAAGGGCACCAGCAACGUUCAUGUUUGCUUCUAGAAAGGAUAAAGCAAAAAGUGAAAGUUUCAUGGCAAGACAGGAGCAAAUAGUCAAAGAAAUCAUCGCCGAAGAGAAUUUUGGUGAUCACAUUGUGCCCUUUAGUGAAAAGCCUUAUCAGGUGCUGUUCCAUGUUGACAACACAAAGUCAGGAACAGGCAAUCCCGAUCCAACGAUCGUCCUCGUCAAGAAAAUGAUUGUUGAAAUGGCUCGUGAAUACUGGGAUGAAGAAGAGAAGAUUCCAUUACCAUGGGCCAUGCUGGAUAAGGGUCUGAGUCUUCUGAGAAUGGCAAAGCACAAAGUUCUUGAUCUGCACGAUGUGUGCCAAUUAGCUGCCAGGGUGUGUGAUAUCUCAUCAGAUGAGGAAUGCAGACAAGCACUGCGAUAUCUUUGCAGCCAUGGAAGCAUUGGAUUCUAUCACAAUGUUGUGGGGCUCAAUAAGAAGGUGCUUCCCAACAUUCAGUGGGUUGCUGAUGUGUUGGCCAUCUUUGUCACAGUUCUGGAUCAAGAAAGACUUCUUCCCAAGUUGUGGAACGAUCUCAAAAAGCUUCAUCAAGAAGGGAUCAUGUCAUGGAAUCUUGCCAAGUAUCUGAUGGAUAAGGCAGGAGUAGAAGAAGCAAACUAUGAUGUGAUCCUUAUUCUUCUGCAGCUGUUUAAUAUCAUUUCAGGGGCAUACUUGGCCACUUGUUCAAUUGCUCCAGAUGUCAAAGUCCAAGACGGUCAGGACUUUUUUGUUCCCUCUAUGGUCAUCAAAGAAGUCAUCAAGACCCCUUUUGCCUACCGAUCAGCAUUCUGCUCUCCUACAUCUCCUCCAUCAUUGUUCUUUAUUCCCAGAGGUUUCAAUGCUUUUCUCAAGCCUCUAUUUUACCGUCUUGUGACCCGCAUGGUCAGCAAGUACACAAAAAGCCCACAGCUCAGUAGAAACCAGGUGAUACUUCAUCUUCACAAAGAUGUGGAUCUGGAGUUGGUCUACACUGUGAAGGCUGUCAUUGUUACCGUUUACUGUCCAUCAAAAUUGAGUCACAGGAAACUACCUGCAGAUGAAGUGCUGCGUCCACUGUGUGAUGGUGUGCGAGUGACUCUAAUAGAACAACUCACACAAGCGAAGGAACGAGGAAUGGUUGGCUUUCAGUUUGAGGUCUGUGUUCACAGUGCUGUUGAUGAAGCUCCACUUGACUAUGAUCCAAUCCGACUGGCUUCAUUGGAUGAAUAUCCAGAAGAUGAUAUUCUGCUGGACAAAGAGCAUCAAAGCAUUGAUCCUCCUGCUAACCUUGAUCUGUGGUUUGAUAAUACGUCUACUAGUCCUACUGUUGAAGUUGCCGCUGAGAGUGUUUAUGAUCCAGAAGUGAUUCUGUCUGCUGUAUUACAGCAGGGUCAUGAUCGUUGGCUCUCUGUUGGUUUGAAGUUGGGAUUUACAAUGCGCAAAGUCAAUGAGAAUACAAAGGAUUCCUCUCUUGGUGCUGACAAGUUGAAGGCUUUGUUUGAAGCAAAAGCACAAGAAGUAGGACGAGACGAAGCAGCCAAACAACUUUUAGCAGCAUGUCAUUGUAUUCCCCAACCAAUGAUUAUGGCUGUAAAGGCUCAACUGGCAGAUGUUGGAAAAGGAGAUGAUGAACAGCAGGACAUCAAAGAACCGCUAAAGAAAAGAAAAUUGAUCAAAAAGGAAGUAUCAGGAUACUCGCUUGAUUUCGAGACAGUGAGAGAUGCUGUUGUUAAACAUGGCUGUAACCAGUGGUACGAAAUUGGACUCAUUUUGGGACUAAAAGGCGAUAAUAUCAAAGGAGAAACUCAUGAAAUACCAUUUUUCCCCGGCAAGUUGAUGGCUGUCAUUGAGGCAAAAAGGAGGAUAGAUGGAAAAGUGAAGACAGCUGAGGACUUGUUGAGGGCAUGUCAUCGAAUACCCACACCAAUUGGCAAAGAAGUCGAAGAGGAAUUGAAGAAAGAGAGAAAAAGGUAGGCGAGUAGCAACAGGAGGCAAUGAUGGAAGUGAACACUACUGCAGUAGUAUUGUUGAUAUCACUAUGGUAUAUUGGACAUUUAUUUUUAUCAAAAGAAUAUUGUUGUCAAUAGACAAUGUUUCUAUUGCAUUUUUUUGAUGAAAUACAAUUGAUUGUUUGAAUGGUG